AUGUCCUACACUGUCAACAUCAGCGGACAGCUGGCUAUCAGGACCAGAGAAGAUCAGCUCGGGACCAGUGACGCGGAGGAGCGCCGGACGGGUGAGAAAUAUCUGGCAGCGGGAUUCACAGUGUGCCUGCGGUGCCAGGGGCAGACCAUUUACCAGCAGGUCUUGUCUGUGGAGAGACCCAGCAGCCUGCAGGGCUGGAACUGGGGCUACUGCGGCCACUACGCCUUUUACCAUGCCCUGUACCCCCGUGCCUGGCUGGUCUACGAGCUGCCGGGGCAGCAGGUGGUGCUCACCUGCCGGCAGGUCUCGCCCGUCAUCCCCCAUGACUAUAAGGACUCCAGCUUGCCAGUGGGAGUGUUCGUCUGGGAGGUGGAGAACGGGAGGGACGAGGACGUGGAGGUGUCCAUCAUGUUCAGCCUGCAGAACGGCCCGGGAGCGAAGGAGGCCGGGAGCGGCGGGCACUGGAACGAGCCCUUCACCUUCCACAAGGAUGGCCAGCGGGUUGCUGGGGUCCUGCUGCACCACUGCCCGCCCGUGAACCCCUUCACCCUGGCCAUCUCUGCCCGGGAGAAGGAGUGGGGACAUGACUUCCCUGAGGGCACCCUCUUUGGGGAUGGUGUCAGGAGAGCGGCUGAGGAACGAGUUGAGAGUUGCUGGGCGGCCCAUGAGAAGCUGGCACGGGAGUCACCCAUGUGA